AUGGUGGUAUUUCGGCCGUUGUUCAAAGGUUUGCGAUUCCACUCAAUAUUGUCGAUGUCGUUGUCAAGUCUGUGGUCGGUUUCAUUUCUUUAUUUUCUUUUCUUGAUGUUUAGGUCCAAACCCUUUGACUGGUCCCACUCUUUCCCGUUGUAUUGCACUUUUUAUUUUUUCUCUGUCAAGUGUAAUAUAAUUUUAAAAUUUUCUCAAGCUUUUUGCAUUUACGAAGUGAUUAACAUUCCCGGAACGACCCUUGCUGCCUUAUUUUGCUUUCACAUGUCUUUUUACUCAGUUUCCUUCCUUCCUGGAUUAAGUUUUGGCCUAAAAUAAUGUUUAUCCAUAAAAUACCCGGAAAGUUUCACAAAAAACAAGAUGAAUUAAGGUCCGGAUUAGCUGCAGACGCCGGUUUGAAGGUCCGGUUGCAGUACGAAACCGUCUAUUCAAAUCAAUCGGGGAAAUGAAGCUUUACGGCCUGGAUUUGACGCAAAUCGCCCGUAAACAGGCGGAUUAAGCUGGAUAAGCGGAUUUGUUCGUCUCGAUGUCGUCCAUAAAGCCAUGGGCAUUUCAGAUACAAAGAUUUGUAAAAAUUGGGGCCUUUACAUUUCUUGGAAUUACUUUUUUCCUCGAAACUGGAAUUUUUUCUAACUUUUUGCUUAAGAAUCAAGUGUAAUAUAAAAUCUUUACCACGAAACGAUUCUAGGAAUCGUAUUUUGCUCGAAGACAAAUAUUGUGUUGUUUAAAGUGGGAUUUGCAAAAGAAAAUUUAGUUUUUUGUCUGUGGAUUUGUUUUUCGGCCAAAAAAAGUGUCAGAUGGAAUGCGGCGGGCCCAAAAAAUUGUCUCUAAUCCUUGUUAUGGGUUUGACGAGCGGUGGAGAGUUCUUUUUAGGAGAUUGUUCGAGUUUUUUUUGGGUAAAAUUUGAUUUUCACGGCAAAAAUAGGAUUUUUUAAAAUCUUCGGGGUAAAAUACGGGUUACUUUUUAGUUUUUGGAUUUUCAAGAGCCUUUUAUGAUCGUAGCAGAUAAUUUUAAGAUUGUUAUCUCUUAAACUUUUCAACUUUCCUCUUAUUAUUUAGCCUUUUUCCUAAAUUUAGCAGAAAAUUAUCAAAAAUGGGCAAAAACCCGCAAAUUGGCAUUCAAAUUAAAGGUGGAAAAGUAAUAUAACUAAUACGCAAUUCCGAAAGGACACUGGUAAUUGCAUGAGAACGUCUUUUCAUGAUUAUAUACCCCAAAAAAAGGCAAAUGUUUCCGCUCUCUCGAGGGAUUUUUGGUUUAAUUUUUUGAGGAAAAAAGGAAAAAAUUUUUGGGUGAACUGGGUUGGAAAUGGAUACAAGGUUUUGGUGAAAGCGAUUCUACAGCGAUUUCUACCGAUUUUUAUCAGAAAAAAGGUCAAUUUUUUGAAAGAACGGACGUUAGGGCAGUUAAAUUGACCUUUUUUCUGAUAAAAAUCGGUAGAAUUGGCUGUAAAAUCGGUUUCGCCAAAACCUUGUAUCCAUUUCCAACCCAUUUCAUCCAAAUAUUUUCCUUUUUUCCUCAAAAAAUUAAACCAAAAAUCCCUCGAGAGAGCGGAAACGUUUGCCUUUUCUUGGGGUAUAUAAUCAUGAAAAGACGUUCGCGGUUGGAAAUGGAUGAAAACCUUACAUCCGUUUCCAACCGGUCUGAUUCAAAUUUUCUGUUUUUUCUCAGUUUUUGGGGAAAAGUUACUUUUCCGAUUUUGGAGGUCAUUUAUGCCUUCGAUUAGGGGUUUAAAUUGACCUAGAAUGACCUUUUUAGUUUUAUGAGAUAGUCAUCUAAGCCUCCGAUAUUCGAGUUCAUCUGGGUUAAAAUCUAAAACGAGAUUUUACGGCGAAAAUUCGCAAUUAGGACGAAUUUAUCCUAUUUUUGGACGAAAAUUUGACUUUUUAUAGCGAAAACUCUCUAUAACGGACAAAUUGGUGACUCUCAUAUGGAUGGCUAUGCCAAGGGCUCUCUGUUACAACCAAAAAAUCUAAAAAUUAACCUGUUUCCCCCGAAAAAACCCCCAUUUUCUCAAAAUUUCCCCAAAACUGGGUCCAUUUUUCUUAUCGAUAAUUUCUCAGCACCUCGCGAACCUCCUUUUGUUGUGUUUCAUCCUCCAAAUCACCGCAAACGCACGUCUCCCACCCCAAAAUGGUGUUUUCAGCCACUCUCGCCGCCGGAUUCGUGAUGACCACCAAGAUCCGCCCAAUCGUCCUCACCGGACCCUCAGGCACUGGCAAAAGCACGCUGUUAAACCGAGCCAUGAAAGAGUACCCGGACGCGUUCGCCUUCACCGUGUCACGUAGGUGAUUUUUGAGGAAAAAUCGGAUUUUUUGAGGAAUCUUGGGGGAUUUUAUAUUGUUUUAGGUUAAUUUAGUCCAUUUAGAGGUGCGGUAAAGGCUGUAGGUGGUGAUUUGGAACGUUUUAGAAUGUAUGCAGUCUGCUAAAUCGUAUUUUACAAAUUUUAGCGACAUGUGUCACCAUGGCGCAACUGGUAGUGAGUAAAAUUUUUAGUCAAAAGGUCGCAGGUUCGAAUCCCACCUGAAACAAAAGUUAGAUUUUUGGGGUCAAAGGAGUUUCAAAAGAAGUAAAAAGACGAAUAAAACCAUUUUUUGUUGCAGACACCACCCGCAAGCCCCGAGAUGGCGAGCUCCACGGAGUGAAUUACUAUUUCGUGGAGCGCUCCGAAAUGGAAAAAAUGAUCGACAACGGCGAGUUCGUGGAGAAUGUGGAAUUCGGCGGCAACAGGUACGGCACCUCCAAAAUGGCCAUCGAAAAUGUCCAGAAAAGCGGGAAGAUUUGCAUAUUGGACCUGGAACUGAAUGGUGUGAGGUCGCUGAAGGAUCAUGAGAUGAAAUUCAAGUUUAUAUUGAUUCGAGCACCCAGUUAUGAAGUUUUGGUAAGUUUGAGGGAGUUUUUAUGGGUAUUGCAAGGGGGAUUGAUGGUGUUUUGGAAAAAAAGGACCUUGUUUUAGGUGUUUUUGGGGGAAAGAAGGUGAUUUUUGGCGGAAAUUUUAGUAAUUUGGGGGAGUUAUGGGGAUGAGAAUAAGUUUUAUGAGUUGGUAAUGAGUUUUAAAAGAGAUUGAAAGCAAAAUUUGGGUGAAAAAUUACCUUACAAUGAGGACUUGCUCCAGUGGCAAAAAACGUACCAUUUUGCAUCCGGGAAGCAUCAAAAUGUGGCAAAAUGCCUCUCUCUCCAAGUGAAAAAACUCCGUUUUGAAGGGCCUCACAAAAAGAGCCACCUUUGAAGUCGGAGUUUUUUCACUUGGACAGGGAAGCGUUUUGCCACAUUUUUUGAUACUUCCCGGAUGCAAAAUGGUACGUUUUUUGCCAGUGGAUCAGGUCCCCCACUGUAUUUUGCCUAAUAAAAUUGAUUCAGGAGAAACGCCUCCGAGAUCGAGGCACGGAGACCGAACAAUCGAUCCAAGACCGUCUAAGGCAUGCCCGCGAAGAUAAUGAAGCCGCCGAGAAGGAACCAGGCCUUUUCGACAAAAUCAUCGUCAACGAUCAGCUCGACCGAGCCUACGAGGAAUUCAUCAGUGCCAUAAAAGAAGAAUUAGAUCUCUACGAGGCCCUCAAAAAAGAAGCCGCGGCAGAAAAGCCCGCGGAGCCCUAG